GUAACGUUCAUUCAUUGCGAGGACAGCCAGAGCUGACUGCAGGGCUGUGUAUCUGUUUAUGUGGUGUUUUGAUUUUAAUAGUUUUAUUUAAAUGAGUGAAAAAGGCGACAACAAUGAUGAUAAAAGCAGAACUCGCAACGUGGUGUAUGUUUACAGUCCGGAAUACAUACAGACAUGUGACUCACUGUCUAAAGUGCCAAACCGGGCGAGCAUGGUGCAUUCACUGAUUGAGGCGUAUGGCUUAUUGAAAUACAUGAGGGUCGUGAAGCCUCACGUGGCUUCAAUAGAAGAGAUGGCUGUGUUUCAUACAGACUCAUACCUGCAGCACCUGCACAAGAUCAGCCAGGACGGGGACAAUGAUGACCCUCAGUCUGCUGACUUUGGACUGGGUUAUGACUGUCCGGUGGUGGAGGGUAUUUUUGAUUACGCGGCUGCCGUUGGAGGAGCCACUCUGACUGCUGCCCAGAAUCUGCUGGAUGGAAAGUGUGAUGUGGCUAUCAACUGGGCCGGAGGGUGGCAUCACGCCAAGAAGGACGAGGCAUCUGGCUUCUGUUAUGUGAAUGACGCGGUUCUUGGAAUCCUCAAACUUCGGGAGAAGUAUGACAGAGUUCUCUAUGUGGAUGUGGACCUUCACCAUGGAGAUGGUGUGGAGGAUGCUUUCAGCUUCACCUCUAAAGUAAUGACAGUGUCUCUGCACAAGUUCUCCCCUGGCUUCUUCCCAGGCACAGGUGAUGUGACUGACACCGGACUGGGUAAAGGACGCUGGUAUGCUGUUAACGUCCCCUUUGAAGAUGGUGUCCGUGAUGAUCGGUACUGCCAGACAUUCACCAGUGUGAUGCAGGAAGUCAAAGCUCUGUUUAACCCUGAAGCAGUUGUGAUGCAACUGGGAGCAGACACCAUGGCUGGUGACCCUAUGUGCUCCUUUAAUAUGACUCCUGUUGGAGUCGCAAAGUGUCUAAACUAUAUACUUGGCUGGGAGUUACCUACUGUGCUACUAGGAGGAGGCGGCUAUAACCUUGCCAAUACUGCCCGCUGCUGGACCUAUCUAACUGGGACCGUCCUGGGACAGACUCUGUCUUCUGAGAUCCCAGACCAUGAGUUCUUCACUGAAUAUGGCCCAGAUUAUUCCCUGGAGAUCAGCCCAAGCUGUCGACCCGACCGCAACGAGAGUCAGCAUCUGGAGCGGGUCAUCAGCACCAUCAAAGGGAAUCUGAAGAAUGUAGUUUAGGAUCGAGUCCACAGCUCAUGUUUCAAAAUCAGGCCCUGCUCCUCUAAUGAAGACAGUAUGUCAGAGUCAUCGCCUGAGGGGAGCUUGGAAAACAUUACUUUAAUGUUUCCAGGGAACAUUUUUUUAAAUGGCGUGAUGGGCCAGCGUUGCCACAGUUUAUUCAAUGUUGGAUCUAUUUUUUAUAAAAAUCCAAAGGUGUUUUUGGAUGAAGCGCAACAUAUUUUAUGUGCGGUAUGUCAAAAACAACAUGUUUGUUUGUCUCUCUUCAUGUUUUAAACUUGUUGGGAUCAUCUGCAAAUGAGAAUUGAUAAAAAGCAGAUUUGGUGUCUGAUGAUGGUGUCUUGUCAUAGAUGCUUUCCAGAAAUGUGUCCAAAAUGGUUCAGAUGAAAAGAACUUGGCAAGUCACUCAGAUUUUUUACGGUUUGGCUGCAAAUGAUAUUUUAUAACUUUUAACUGCAAUGUUUUGUCCACUUAUGGAUCAGAUAUAUGAAAUUGAAUGGGCAGACUGACCAAAGCCCGAGUGAUCUUGGCCACUUUGAGUGUUUUAUUUUGUGUUGGCAUGUUUAUUUCCUUCAGAGUCAGAAGUUGAAGAUGUUUUCAAGCUGUCUGUCAAAUGUUCCUUUUUGUAUAAAUGCUUUUCUGUUAUUAAAAUCCAAAAAACAAAAA